AUGGAGAAUGGAGCCAAGAUCAACGGAGAGCCCAAUGGCACCAGCCCCCCACGAACACCAAGCUCGAACUCCUUCUCCCUCACGGAGUACUCAGCCAACCCUUCACCGCCGAGGGGGAGCCCCGGGAGCCCCAAGUCUAGACUCAAGGGACUGAUUCCAGACGAGUUUCUACUGCCGAAUGGAUAUCCUGAUUACCUACGUCUCAUCCUCGCGUCUCGCGUCUACGAGGUCGUGGAGGAAACGCCCCUCACGCACGCCACGAACCUGAGCAACAGGCUGCAAUGCAAAGUGCUAUUGAAGAGAGAGGAUUUGCAGCCGGUGUUCAGCUUCAAGCUGCGGGGCGCGUACAACAAGAUGGCGCAUUUGGAUAAGACGACGACGUGGAAAGGAGUUGUGGCUUGCUCGGCCGGGAACCACGCGCAAGGCGUAGCAUACUCUGCACGCAAGCUCAAGAUCCCAGCUACCAUCGUCAUGCCUGAGGGAACGCCCGAGAUCAAACACCGAAAUGUCAGCAGGCUUGGGGGAACGGUGGUCUUGCACGGUGCGGACUUUGACGCGGCGAAGGUGGAGUGCGCACGCUUGGAGAAACUGUAUGGGCUGACGAGUAUCCCGCCAUUUGACGACCCGUAUGUUAUUGCCGGGCAGGGGACGAUUGGGAUGGAGAUCCUGCGCCAGACAAGUAUCCAGAAGCUGGAGGCUAUUUUCUGCUGCGUGGGAGGGGGAGGACUUAUCGCGGGAAUUGGGUUGUAUGUGAAGCGUAUUGCGCCACAUGUGAAGAUCAUUGGGGUCGAAACGUACGAUGCAAACGCGAUGGUGCAGUCAUUGGCUCUGGGUAAGAGAGUCACGUUGAAGGAGGUUGGGCUGUUUGCAGACGGCGCGGCAGUGAAAUGUGUAGGUGAGGAGACAUUCCGCGUGUGCCAGGAAGUGGUAGAUGAGGUUAUUCAAGUCACGACCGACGAGACUUGCGCUGCCAUCAAAGAUGUCUUCGAAGACACUCGCUCCAUCGUAGAGCCCGCUGGUGCGCUCGCCCUCGCUGGCCUCAAGAAAUACGCGGCUGCACACCCCUCCGCUAACACAAACCGCCAACUCGUUGCCAUCGCUUCAGGAGCGAACAUGAAUUUCGACCGCCUACGCUUCGUGGCCGAGAGAGCAGCGCUGGGAGAGAAGAAGGAGGCGCUUAUCAGCGUCUCUAUCCCCGAGAAACCAGGCGCGUUCUCUGAGCUUAUUAAAGCUAUCUUACCACACAUGGUGACCGAGUUCUCGUAUCGCUACGCCACAGAUGCCGUAGCCAACGUGCUCAUUGGACUCUCUCUCACCUCUGCAGCUGAUCAACGAGAAGCUGAGCUCGAUUCCCUGCUCUCGCGAAUCUCAUCCGGCGGCAUGACGCCCGUUGACCUCUCCGGUGAUGAGCUGGCAAAGUCCCACGUCCGCUACUUGGUAGGCGGCCGCUCAGGCGUCGCACACGAGAGGUUAUACAUGUUCAACUUCCCUGAGAGACCGGGUGCGCUGGAGAAGUUCCUGACGACGCUGCGACCGAGGUACAAUAUCAGUCUCUUCCAGUACCGGAACGCAGGCAGCGAUAUCGGCAAGGUGCUGACGGGGAUUCUGUGUCCGGAUGGGGAGCUGCGGGAGCUGGAGAGCUUCUUGAAGAAAAUUGGGUACCCGUGGGAGGACUGUACUGAGAGUCAGGUAUUCAAGACUUUCUUGAGGUCGUAA